AUGACGCCCUCCGAUAGCAAGCCCAUAGCGGCGUAUCUAGGGCCCAUUGCAUCUUAUUCUCAGCAGGCUGCCCUGCAAGCCUUUUCGGAAGAUGUAUGGUAUCUGAAACCUGUCACCACCAUCGACGGUAAGUACGGACUAGUACCAUGCCUUCUUGUGCAUGCAUUGCAAGCACUGUCACUCACAUGGGGACCAUGGCUAGAUGUCUGCGACGAGACACAAGAUAAGCACGCGCUUCUGGGUGUGGUGCCGAUUGAAAACUCAACCAAUGGCUCUGUCGUCUUUACGCUGGACGACCUAGCAGAUCGAGAUGGACGCUACAAAGAUAUAUAUGUCAACGGUGAGAUUUACGUCGACGUUCAUCACCAACUGCUCGGCCACAAGAACCCCGAAGCCGCAAAGCCCUCCGACCAAGGGUCAAGUGGCGCGUCCACACCGACGGUAGCAGACCCGACGCCCGCCAAGCCCAGGAGCAAGCCAUUGGAGAACCUCGACCACAUCAAGAAGCUGUACUCGCACCCGCAGGCUUUCGGGCAGUGCAAUCACUUCAUCUCGACCUAUCUCAAGAACGCAGAGAAGUUCGACGUCAGUUCGACCAGCAAAGCGGCCGAGCUCGUGGCCGCCGACGCGAGCGGCGCCUCGGCGGCCAUCUCGAGCAAGCUCGCCGGCGACCUGUACGCGCUGGACACGCUGGCGGCGUCCAUCGAGGACCGCGACGACAACACGACGCGCUUCCUGGUCAUUGGCACGCGGCCAACGCUACCACGGGACUACCCUCUACGGCAGGACCCCGCGCGGCGGACGGGCACCAAGUCGCUCGUCACGUUCACGGUGCCGCAUAAGUGCCCGGGCGCGCUCGCGGACAUCCUCGGCUGCUUCCGUGAGUUCCAGCUGGACCUGACGAGCAUCAACAGCCGGCCGAGCCUGCUGGGGCCGUUCCAGUACAUCAUCUUCGUGGAGUUUGAGGGCCACAGGCUGGACGACCCGGACGGGCGGGUGGGCAGCGCGCUGGAGAAGAUUGAGAAGAUGGCGCAAAAGUUUAGAUGGUUGGGGAGUUGGUACACGUAUAGAUGA